GCUUACCCACGAUAGCACGAAAUAUUGUUUCUGAUUUAAGUACAAAGCCAAUAGUCUUUGAGAGCAGUAAUACCUAACUUUAUCGGCCCCAAAAGCAUGAAAAGCAAAUUUUACUUCGGCAGGAUUUGAACUCGGAAUGUAAAGAACAGGAAGCAAUAUUGCGAAGUAUUUUCCCACUGAUCUAACGAUUCUGCCAGCUCGUCCCACUGUAGAUAAUAACAUUGCAUACACGACAGUAGUCAGUCAAAUCUGCGACUCCAGUGAGAUUCAUUGUGUCCGUGUCGUGUACCAAAACCCCGACAGAACAUACCCUACCAACGAAAGCAUGGCUGGUAUCUGUAAACGUAUUAUUAACACAGUUAAUGCACCCAAAGCAAUCGGUGCUUACAGCCAAGCUGUAGUGGUUGAUAAAACUAUGUAUGUCUCAGGACAGCUUGGUCUUAAUCCUACCACCAUGGAGUUUCCUUCCAACAAUGCUGCUGAACAAGCUGACCAGGCUCUCAAAAAUAUGUCUGCAAUUCUCAAAGAGGCUGGGGCUUCCCUAAACAAUGUUGUGAAGACCACAGUCCUCUUGGCUGACAUUAACGACUUCCAAGCAGUUAAUGAAAUCUACUCAAAAUAUUUUGCUGGAACUGACUUUCCUGCCAGAGCAGCUUAUCAAGUUGGUAAUUUACCAAAGCUUGCACGUGUUGAGAUAGAGGCUAUCGCUGUGUUAGCUAACAGUCAGUUGUAACCUGGUGCUAAUUACCUGAAACUAAAAUAUUCACAGAGAUUUCAUACAAUAGUUUUGAUAUAAUAAACUUACAAAGAAAUUCUAUAAAA